GACAAUAAGCACCUCCCAGUAUUAAAAGCACAUGUGAUGAUAAGCCUUGUACAAUCACAGCACAGUUUGCUCAGUGCCAACUGCUAUAUAUAGCUGAAUGAGACCUGCAAGGAUCAGUUUGCUCCAACAAGACUACAAGGAGUGCAGAGGACUAUCUCAUUAAUCAUCCAAGGCAUAUUAUCUGACAAUGGCUCCUCGACCAGAGCUAGGUGGUACCUCAUCAGAACUUGGGAGAGACUCCAACGACCCCCCUUUUACACCUGAUGUUGUUGGAGUACCACCAAAGGAACCCGUAAUUCUACCUGCUUAUUCCACCAUAGCCUUGGUAGAUGAAGAACCAAUACUGGAUCCUUGGGCACUACCUGAACUGCAGAAUACUGGAAUCAAGUGGUCAGAGCUGGACACUAAGGGGAAGAUGCUGCGAGUCAUGUUUUCAUUUGGAAAGUUCAUUUUAUUGCUUGGAUUCCUCUACAUGUUUGUCUGCUCACUGGAUGUCCUGAGCUCUGCCUUCCAACUUGUAGGAGGUAAAGCAGCUGGUGAUAUUUUCAAGGACAAUGCCGUCUUGUCUAAUCCUGUCGCUGGACUGGUGAUUGGAGUCCUGGUGACAGUUCUGGUUCAGAGUUCUAGCACAUCUUCCUCCAUCGUGGUCAGCAUGGUCUCUUCUGGAUUGUUAGGGGUCCGGUCUGCCAUACCUGUUAUAAUGGGUGCUAAUAUUGGAACCUCUGUCACCAACACAAUAGUGGCAUUAAUGCAAGCUGGAGAAAGAAAUGAAUUCCGGAGGGCAUUUGCUGGAGCCACAGUACAUGAUUUCUUUAACUUUCUCUCUGUGCUUGUGCUGUUGCCCCUUGAGGUAGCAUCUGGGUACCUAUACUAUAUCUCACAAUUGUUAGUGGAUACUUUUAAUCUCAAGAGUGGGGAAAAUGCUCCAGAUAUGCUGAAAGUCAUCACAGAUCCCCUCACAAAGAUCAUUAUCCAGCUUGAUAAAUCUGUUAUCAAUGGAAUUGCCACUGGUGAUCCAGCAGCAAGGAACAAAAGUCUAAUUAAGAUCUGGUGUAAAACUGAAACUACUGUGACUGAAAAGAAUGUAACAGUGCCUGGUGUAGCCAACUGUACUUCUGCUGUCGACUGCUGGACAGAUGGAAAUUUGACAUGGACUUUAAAAAAUGUGUCUGAAACAAUUAAUCUAGACAAAUGUGAUCACAUAUUUGCAAAUGCGUCUUUGCCUGAUCUAGUCAUUGGACUUAUCCUCCUUGCAUUGUCCUUAGCGGUGCUCUGCACCUGCUUGAUUCUUAUUGUCAAGCUUCUUAAUACCAUGCUAAAGGGACAAGUGGCUAGAGUUAUUAAAAAAAUACUUAACACAGAUUUCCCAUUCCCCUUUUCAUGGGUGACUGGAUACAUUGCCAUUGUGGUUGGGGCAGGAAUGACAUUUAUCGUUCAGAGCAGUUCUGUGUUCACCUCUGCCAUAACCCCUCUUGUUGGUAUUGGUGUUAUAAGCAUUGAAAGAGCUUACCCUCUUACCUUGGGUUCAAAUAUCGGCACAACAACAACAGCUAUAUUGGCUGCAAUGGCAAGCCCAGGGGAAACACUUGCCAAUUCACUGCAGAUCGCCAUUUGCCACUUCUUUUUCAACAUCUCAGGGAUUCUCCUGUGGUACCCAAUCCCCUUCACACGUAUACCUAUACGUCUUGCCAAGGCGCUCGGAGAUCGGACUGCCAGUUAUAGAUGGUUUGCUAUCCUGUACCUAUUGCUGUGUUUCUUCAUCUUGCCUCUAACUUUAUUUGGACUCUCAGUCGCAGGCUGGCAGGUUCUGGUUGGAGUUGGAGUCCCAUUUGUGGUGCUCAUGCUGGUUGUCAUUAUCAUUAACAUUAUGCAGUCCAAAUGGCCACAAUACCUGCCUAGGGUUCUGAAAAACUGGGACUUUCUUCCGUUGUGGAUGCAUUCUAUGAAACCGUGGGACAGGAAGGUGACUUCAGUAAUGUCUUUCUGUAGAGUCCACUGCUGUUGUUGCAACUGUUGCAGAAAGAAUACUGAUAAAGUUGAAAAAAAGACUUCGGUAGAGGUAUAUGAUAAUCUGGCACUUGAAAAUGAAGACCAUGACACAAAGAAAACAACACAUUUGUAAUGAAGUUUUAUCUAAUCUGCAUUACCUGAUCCAUUUUGGUCAAAAUUAUGUUUUUAAAUAAAAUGUUACUGCUAUUUUAUCCUGAGUGAAUAAUAAACAAGGUGUGUAAUGAGUAGGGACCUACCUAAAUCUCGAUUUCGCAGAAAUCGUGAAAUUGAGGGAUCACCGCGAAAUUCACCUCUUAGGGGACAAUGCAUACAAACAAGUACGGAGAGGAAGAAAAAAUAAACCUUGUUUAAAUUAACUACUGCACAAUGCAAGCGACGCAACGGCAAACUACAUAUCUGCAUUCUGUAGAUAUCCCUUUUUUAUUCCUUCGCCGUCCCGUGUGCAUUGCACUUAAGCAAAAAAUAAAUAACUAAAAAACGUCCACAAGUAACAUUUACAAAAUAAAUUCUUCAAAGCAGUUAACGUUCUUGUUUACUAUUCAAAUGACAAAGUUUUAAUCAGCCUAUCAGUGCGUCUUUACUGCUUUUAUGUGAUCUGUAGUACUGUGCAGUAGGUGGUGGGACAAAGUUGGUGCUGCAUUGUUUUGAUUUAGGUUGCUAAAAUCUAGUUUUCAGCAUUGGAGGUAAAAUAGUAGAAAUGGACUACGCAAAAAGCAAAGUAUAUUUCGUCUGAUGAUCGUUUCAAGAUAUCUCCCAAAGAAACUGUACAUGCAGACUGAGGUAAUUGUUUUCCAUAUCUUAAUGUGUAUUUGGAGAAAAUACGAUCGAUCGCUAUUUAGCUUCAGAAUCACACAUUAAACGAAAGGCUACCACAGAGGCUGCUGAACAGAACGUAAAAUAAACAGCUUUCAGAAACCAAACUGAAAAGUCAGCCCAGACAAAAAGUAUUCCGGUCUGCAAGUUAAAUCAGUACUAAAACGAUCCAGCACAGCCACCUCUCUUCAACCUGCUGCUUACACCCCUAGUAAUGAGAUGCUUGACCAAUAAAAUCAAGGUGCUUCUUAAGGUUCUAGGAUUGAAACCAGUUCUGAAUCAUAGCUCUGUUUGAGGUAAGCAAGGACCAUGCCAGUCAAUAAACCUGAGAACAGAAAUACAAAUGCAAAACAUGGAGACCAUUUCACAAAGCCUGAUACAAUUCCAACAGAACAAAUACAGUAAAACGGAAUGGGAUUACCUUAAAUAUAUACUGCAUAUAUCAUAUUAAAGUUAUAUAUUAUUGUUAUAGACCAUGCUAUAAAAAUAUAUCUAUGCAAAUGUAUAAAACAGUACAUCUCAAGAACAGCAAAGAUGACUAAAACAAAGAAUUACAAACUGUUUAUAUUAUAUAUAUAUGUGUGUGUGUGUGUGUGUAAAUACAGUGUUGGAGUGGUGGUAUUGUUUCUGUAAAAAUAAUGCACAAAUUUGAUUCACAAAUGAAGCAUUGCAAUACAUUACUUAAAUUUAUGCUUUACUAAAACGGAAGGAGUAAGGGGUAACACAAUGUUGUGUAUAUACCUAUUUAUGGAGGAUUUGUACUAAAUUGGUUUGUUUAUAUAAAAUUGUAUUUUUCUUUGUACAUGAAAAAACAAUUUCAGUGGUGCCAAAAGUUUUUCAAAGUAUUUCGCAUUUCACAAAAUAUUAUGUAACAUAUUGAUUUUGUUCUUUAGUUUUUAAUGUUGGAGUCGCUGUAUAACUAACACAUUUAACUAGUGGAACUAGUAAUAAUUUAAAUUAUAUUUGCAAAUGUAUUUUCUUUUCAAUCAGUGGUGUACUUAAUUGGUUUUCUAAUUGUUCAUCUAUAAGAUUCAAUAAAAUAAAGUACACGUUUGUUAAGGAAAAUGUAUGUUUUUUUUUAUUUUUAUUUAAAGGGUAGCAAAGUAAAUGUGUUGCACUGUAACAAACACAAAAUUGUGUCUUUAAUGUAUCCAGUUCCUACUGUAAAAUAAA